UACAUCGAUUUGUUCGCCAAUAAAAAUUCCGAAGACUAAUGAAUAAUUUCAAAAAGAAGCGCGUACGUCCAAAUCCCAUAUUUCAAAACCCUUUUAUUUUCUUUCACCCUUCCAAAAAGAAGCAAACACACAAAAAAGCGAAACACACACACACACACACUACCAAGCAGAGCAUAAGCAGAAAUCCGAUAUGAUAGAAGAGCGCCGCGCCGGCCCUCCGCACGCCGCCAUCCUGGCAGUGGUGGUGGUUCUGGUGAUGGUGGUGCCGACAUUGCUCGGCGACCAGGGCGAGGCGCUGACGGAGUUCAUCGCGGAGCUGCUCAGCCCCGUGGGGCUGCUCCUCCUCCCCAUCGUCCUCCUCCUCACCAUCCAAUUCCUCUCCUCCGACACCGGAUCAUUCGUCGCCGCCGUCUUCUCCACCGGCGAGCCGAAUUCCAUCCACCGCGCCAGCGGAUCGCCGGUGGGCGUCGCGCUCGUCCUCAUCCUCGUCCUCUUCCUGCUCUACAACAGAGUCUCGAUCUUCGGCGGCGACGACGAUGGCGGCGACUGAUGUUCUCCGAUCUGAAAACCGCCGCGGGAAUGGAUAUUAUUUUCGGUUGAUUUUGGGAUCUAAAUUUUAGUUCUUUUUUUUAUUAUUAUCGCUUUUCUUAUUUUUUUGGUGAUUUCAUAAUUUCAUUUUUCUUUAUGAGUAAUAUACGUAGUGCUGCUGUACUAACGCAAAGCUAGCUAGCUCGUGUAUGAUAUGAACAUGUGCAGUGUUUAUGAAAUUACGAUAUUAGCCCUUUUGUUGA